UCAAAUGAAUUUUUUAAUAAAGCUUUUUUUUUUUACCCUUUUCAAACCUGUUGGCGAUUAUCUUUGACGAAGCUACUAAUGUCCGAAUUAAAAUAAAAUUCAGUAGGAAGUAAACCAGCUAUUUCCAACACUUCCACCGAGUUUCAUAUAGAACAAGUUAAACAAGUUCCGAGACGCCGAGGUCUUCAAAAGUGUCAGUCAACUCUCACUUCCUCGUCUCACUUCCUCAUGUUACUCCGUCAACAUGAGGGACAGUUCGGCGGAGGCUUCCCGUGACGACCUGUUCCAGGAGUAUGUCCGGUGGGGUCUGGAGCUCCGGACGGAAGCCCAACCCUGCCGGGACGACACUCUGUUCACGAGGGUCCGGACUUUCCUACUCAGAAAAGCCCCGACAGAUUCGGCGGACGGAGUCUUCGACAUCCUGCCCUUCCACCAGGCACUGGCGGAGGGGGCUGAGGAACCGAAUUGGACCCGACACCUGUCCAGAUUCAUCAAGGCCACAGAGCUGCUGGAGGUGUUGUGUGUCAACCUGUUCUUACAGCCGUGGAGGAAGGAAUUCAAGACCCUGAAGUGUUUCACAGGAGCCUUUGUUUACCACCUCAAACCAGUCUUCUCCAGUCCCACACUCCAGCUGGUUCUGGCCCGUAUCGGAUACCUCCCUGACCCGGACUCUUCCCUCAGCCAGUACAGACUCAGCACGGACGUAGACACAGACCAAACCAUGCAGAUGGGGUUUGAGCUGAUGCUGGCUCGGGCCCAGUGUCUUCACCACAUGGAGCUUCUGGAGAGCAACCAGUUGAGUGCUGAGGAGUCUAUUGACCUGCUCCAGAGGAGGACCACAGGGUUGAAGACACACGUGCAGAGUGAGGACAGGAGCCAACAUCAAAGAGAAGACAGCGAUGAGGGCGCAGCUGAGAAACUUCGCUCUCUGUACGUGCAACCUCGACUAAACACUAGUCAACAUGGCUACCACCUGUCAGCUGUCGACCAAUCCAUCAUGGAGAUGCAGAAGAACUAUCCCGACCUGGCCAUCCGAGGGCGCCCCAUUCUCCCAGAAAAACCUCAGCUGCCUCCCCCAUACCUAAAGAGGAAGGAUGAGGGAGCAGCACCGCCCACAGGCGCUGGCUCCACCUCCAACACCGACGAUGGGGGAGGCACAGAGAGCCGUGACAGGAGGACGGGUCGGUCCCAGCGGGUCCAGGGUGGCAGCAGAACAGAAGCCACUCAGGACCAUGCGCCUGACAUUGGAGCGGCCGGACAACGCCUUGAGGACACGACACAGGGAGGAAACAAAGAAGAUGAAAGCCAAGUGGAGGUGGAGGAAAAGCAAGAGGAAGAGGAGCUUUUCGAUGAUCAGUGUGUCUAUGUCUUACUAUGAGUCCAGGGCCAGUGACACGUGUCACACACACACCUUGACUUGACCUCAGUGGAAAGUCACUGUGGUCCUCACAGAGCUGGAGGUCUUUGGUGUGUAGAGGUGUUAGUGCAAGUUCUGGUGUUUCCUCAAAAAAAACACCACAAGGACGACAUGCAGAUCUGAACCGUGUGUGCGCAGGCACCACCUUUUUUUUUGUACUUUUCUUAACUUUGUUUGGCUUCAGCCCAAAAGUCUUUCAACAGCGAGCGAGUGGCAAACACACACCAAUAAAAGUGUU